AUGUCAUCAUUGGAUUCAAGUGCGCUAAUAUCGGCUGCCAAAUGGUCGGAAACAAGUCAUCAACUAAAAGAGUUUUCCGCAAAAUACGACUUUCCGCAAAUCGGAAAGAUAUCGCGCGGACAGUAUUUGAAUAUCGGUGUUCCCAGUCUAUCAUCGCCAUCGCUCAGCCAAAUUGUGUUGUGGGGUUCGGGCGGCAAACGGGUCAAUGUCAUCGCACAGUCGGUCCGGUUUAAGGAAGGUAGCAAAACAAGUGCCGGUUCUACUGGACGAUCAGUGCCAACGGGUCCCAAACUGGUCAUACCGGACAACUACGAUGGCUGGUGGGAAAUACUAUCCGAAGAGGGAAAGUCUGUGCGUUGUAUUGAAAGUGUUGCUGAUCUCAGUAAGAGAUGCGGUGAUCAAUGCCUGGUUAGGGAUAAUAUUAAGGCAUAUAUGGGUAAGACUGACGACCCAAAUGUGAUAUCAGAUAAACAAAAAACAAUACAAACUGGAGAACUGCUAACAUUAGUGGGCACCGAUGUGGUGACGCCGCCCAGUGUUAAGUCAAAUGGCGGUUAUCAUCACCGAUAUCUACGGUGUCGUACGACCAAAGGUGGUGAUACAGUAUAUUUAAGUUUGGAUCAAAAAGGAAAGUUUAGUCCAGUGGCCAGGGAAGGCAUAUCGGGAGUGCAUACCAUAUCUAAUCUUUUGUCAAAGCGAUUGCCAUUAAUGGUGCGCUUAGUCUACGGAAAGCCGCCGCAGGGCUACAAACAGUUUCAUUCUGAUAUCCGACUAUUCAGUACCUAUGAGGACGAAUGUUUUGUAGCACUUCCGCUAACAAAAGAUAUCAACAAAGACACCAACAAUUGCUUAACACAAGUUCCUAUAGGGAGUAGUCUCAAAGUUUUGGGCCCAAAAAAUGGCCAACAAUUGUGUGAAAUGCCAGAGUUUGGUGCUUUGAAAGAAUUAUCGGCAAAGUUGAGUCAACAGGGUUUGACCGGAAGAAUUCAUUUGUUGGACACACAGACACUAAGCAAAGAGGUCAAGGCUUUGCUCAAAGAGGACAAUAGUGGCAAUCGGGGAAAGUUUGCUUUCAAGUUUCAAGGAGGAGGAGGAGGAGGUGGCGGCAGCGGUGGUCAUCAGUAUGACCACAAACGACGAUUGCAGUCAAAUUCAUUAGUCAAACGCAGUCUGUCUGAUCCGCAACAGAUCAAUGGCAGCGGCGGCGGUGGCAAUGAUAUGACUGCCGCCGUCAACGAACCGCUAAAACGGGGCACAUCUUUGGAUGACAGUCACAAAGAGGCCAAUGCUAGCCAGCCAUCAUUGAGUUGUGGCGGCGGCGGUGGCGGUGCCGAUACGGAUAACGAGUUUUACGAUGAGAUCGAUCAGAUCUAUGACUAUGUUCGCGGUUUUGCACCGUUACCCGAUAGGAUCAGGAAUGAACUGAAAUCAAGCAAAGUUGGCGUCAAAGCGACCCAAAGUGAUCCGGCAAUUGUCGAUAUACUCAAUAAGGAGAACCGACCCGAACCUCCGCCCAUCAUAACCAUACCGUCCAUUCAAAAACAACACCAACAACACCAUCAUCAUCAACAACACCACCGUUUCUCUUAUCCGAUGACAACACCCCAGAAGGUAACUGUAAACGUGAAAAAAGUGAAAAAAUAUUUUCCUACUAAAGACUAUAAUAUAUUCAACAAAAAUAACAACAAAAACAAUAAUAAUAAAUCAAAGGAAGAGAAAAUCGUUUAUUUUCCAAACGUUAGAAUACAUUAUAAUAAUUGUUUGAACGCUGGAAACGGUGUAUAUUUGCCAACACAAUCGCCAGUCUGUACAACACCGAUACCUCAAACCCCUUCCCAACAACAGCAACAACUACUGCUAUUACAACAACAACAACAGUAUCCCAUAAAUGGCCAGAAAUUGUUUGUCAAAAGUUCUUCGGGCCAACGAAACACAUGGAAAGCCAACCGAUUUCUCAAAUAUGCAAAACACGUCUCAGCGCCGUUCAGAUCGGAUGCCGCCAUCAACGAGAUUGAUUCGUGUCGCAGUAGCAGAUCGUUGACCACUUCGCCGAUAUUCAAUAUACGAUAUAAGUCAAUGAAUAAUUUGCAUUACAUUAAGAGCCCGGCCAUGGAUUACAACAAUACACUAGACUCGAGCCAUUCUGGUCAGACGACAUCUUCGGGCUCCGGCAGUCGGGAUCUGUUUCGCGAUCCGAAGCCAAAGUUUCCGAAACUUUCCCGUUCGCUGAACAAUGUUUUCUGGGAUAUCGGUAGCGCGGCUGCUGCCGCUGCAGCAGCCACUGCCGGCAACUAUGUGACCACCGAUACCAUUGACAAACUUAAUAACGAAUUAAAUGAUAGGAAAAAUAAAAACUGUAUCCAAUUGCUACCCGUCCACAUUGACUUUCUCAAUGCAUUGGAUCGCCUACAGCAACAACAAAACCAACAACAACAACAACAGCUACAACAACAAUUGAAAGAGCAUACCAUCAAAAAUCGACAUUUGGCCACUUUGUAUCUCUGA